GCUUAUAAUUGGCUAAGCUAGCUGGAAGAUUUUUAACCGAAGCACACCAUGUCGUUCCACACCGUCCUCGCGCUGGCUGUCUCGCUGUGCGCUGUCGUCGUCGUCGCCGGGGAUUAUCAGCUUCCUGAAACCGUGAAAACCUGCAACAGGGAUUCCGAUGAUUUCUCAUCGUGUUUGAGGCUCGCCAUCCAAGAAGCAUGGCCGACCUUCGUCAAAGGAUUGCCGGAUUUCGACAUGCCCCCCUUGGACCCCUAUUAUACCGACUCCCAUUCCAUUGAACACGAAAGCGGCCAACUUCGUGGAAAAAUUAUAGCCACGGAUGUUCGAACAUACGGCCUUGCCAAAGCACGAUUUUUGUCCGUGAAACCGGAAAUGGCCGAUGACUUCUUCCGGCUGGAAAUUGACGUCGAUAUAUCGAAGAUAUUAAUCGAUGGCGACUAUAAAGCUGAGGGCUCUCUGGGUGCCUUUAAAAUUGGUGGCAAAGGGUUCUUCAACGUCAGCUUGGAAGAUGUGAGAUGCACGUGGGACAUCUCCGGCCAUGUCGCGGACGACAGAUGGGUCGUGGAGCACUUCAAAAUGGUGCCCACGGUCGGGAACAUGCGGAUCUGGUUCAGCGAUCUCUUCAACGGCAACGAAGACCUAAAUCACGCUGCACUGGUCUUCAUCAACGAAUAUUGGCCCCUGGUAUACCGGGGAAUGUUACCAAAGAUGAUGAAUACCUGGGACGAGUACCUAACCGAAUUCACCAAUCGUUUCUUCUCGAAGAUACCCUUCUCCACAGUGUUUCCAUGAAACACGAUGCUAGUAAUAAAAUAAUCACAAAAGAACAAAAAAAAAAAAAGAAAUGAAUGAAA